AUGAAUGAACUGGCCCGCCUACAAAAUACAGUGGCAAUAUUGAAUACGACCGUUAGUCAGCAGCAGUUACGGAUAUCACAACAGGACUCAAAAAUAGCUGUAUUAGAGAAGACAGUAGGAACGUUAUUUGAAGGAUAUGCAGCAGGUGGCAAUAAUGGUCACUCCGGAUCAGCAGCUGAGAGUCUAUGUCUUCCAUCCGAUCCUGAAUUCAAUCGGACAAAGAUCACAGACGGAGCAGGCCACGCAACAAUAUAUGGAGCAGAAUACUGGUCCCAGCAUUUUUUCAGUCCGAAUGGAGAGGAUGUACCAUGUUCUGUUUGCCAUAUUAAAUCUUCUGCUGUCCUAUUGAUACCCGGGAGGAAUUCGUGUUAUCAUGGAUGGAAACCAGAAUAUUACGGUUAUUUAGCAUCUGGCCAUUAUACAGACGCUGGUGCAUCCUCUUAUAUAUGCAUUGAUAUAAACCCAGAGAAUUUAAAUGGAGGAGAACAUGGUGUUGAUGGCAGAAAUUUCUAUCCAGUCAUAGUGCAAUGUCAACCUCUGCAGUGUCCACCAUAUCACCAAAACUACCCCUUAACAUGCGUUGUUUGUUCAAAAUAAAAUUCUUUCAACUCAAUUCAGAUCAUAUUUUUUUUUAUAAAAGCAUAGUCAAAAUCAUUUAUUCGCUAUCUCGUUUUCAUGAAUUCUAUAUGCACCGUUUUUGUAAGACACAAAAUCCUUAUAAAAAAGCAUGUUUACCCAGUGCAACUUACUUCCAAUUGUUCAGUUUAGAUAGCUUCUUUGUAAUGUUUUUCAAAUGUUUAUACAUGUAUCAGUUUUAGAUAUAAUCGA